CUUGAUUCGUCCGACCUUGGCCCGGAUAUGUGAGCCGCAUGCACUCGUGCGCUUGUGUGGGGUGUGGGAGAGAGGCUCUGCUCGGUUCACCCUCAUUCUCCUCCCUUCCCCCAUUCGUCAUUCUUGAUCCCAUUGCUUUUUCUUUCCAUUCCUUCCCUCCUUCCUCUCUUAUUCAACCACGUAUUUUUGAAAGGCAUAAUGACGGUCCAGAAGAUCAACAAAGAGAUCGCGAACCACAACUACAGCAAGCGGGCGUAUAAGGUGGACGGAUACAAGUCCUUUGAGGAAUUUUACCCCUACUAUCUGUCAGAGCAUUGCAACCCCAUCAACCGACGCCUGCACCUCUUUUCGACGACGAACGUAGUGGCGAUUCUCACGUAUCUCGUCCUGACCAAGCAGCCGAGAUAUUGGUGGGUGGCCCUUGUGCAGGGAUAUGGACUCGCGUGGGUUGGCCACUUUAUUUUCGAGAGGAACAAGCCCGCGACAUUUAAGCAUCCAAUCUACUCGCUCAUGGGAGACUGGAAGAUGUGGUUCGAAGUUGUCAGUGGAAGACGCAAGUUCUAGGGGUGAUCGGGCAAACAGCUCAAAGCGCAUUUGAGGAUUUAUGCGUGUCAGGUUCAUUGGAAUGCUGGAACAUGUAUGGAAUAAAGAUAUAUAUGCCCACAAAGUCAG